AUGUUUGAGCGAUUCCAGCGAGUGGAGGCAUCCGACAGGAGCUCGUACUUGAGUUCGGUCAACAACGACGGAGCUUUACGUGAUGGUGGAGCUCCGAGUCUGUUCUCCACCGAAUCCUGUGGCUUGUUAGCACAAUACGCCGCAGUAGGUUUGAUGAUGGGGGCGCUGCCAAGUGCCGUCACGCCGUUCCUGGGCUACUAUCUCAACAUGGAAGGCCAAGUCACGACCUCAGCCCGAGCGUUGCUUGGCAUCCCGUGGUCAGUCAAAGUUUUUAUCGGGAUUGUCUCGGACUGUUUCCCUCUUUGUGGGUUCCGUCGUCGUCCCUUCAUGAUCAUCGGCUGGAUGCUCUGCACCAUUUGCCUCGUUGCUAUGGCUACAUUCCCUCUGGAUAAACCCUACUUCCCUAACGCUUCAUGGAGGAAGAUCAAGCCAAGUGAUUAUACAGCUGAUGAAGUCUCCGCUAUUAACUACCACGCUCCCUCUACGGGAGGGAAAUACGUUGUCUUCAUGAUGUUAGCGACAUUGGGCUACGUCAUCGCUGACGUGGCUGCAGACGGUGUCGUGGUUGAGUAUGCUCAACGAGAGCCUAUCGCGAUUCGAGGACGGACCCAGACUGCGAUCUACACUGUUCGUAGUAUCUUUAGUAUUUUCGGGAGUGUCUUGGUGGGCUUCGGCCUCAGUUCACCACCGUACGGAGGGGACUUUAGCUUCGGGGUCAGCUUUCCGGUGUGUAUUUUGAUACUAGCAAUCUGCUGCGUGCCUGUGGUCCCAGUGACUUGGUAUUUCGUCAAGGAAAAACAAGUGACUAGGCCAGAUUUGCGACAGUAUAUGGGUGUUCUGUGGGAGUCGCUACAGAGUCGUGCCGUCUACCAAGUCAUCGCGUAUAGCUUUUUCUCGGGGGUAUUCGGGGGUAUCAGCUACGUGGCGUCUGACCCAGUUACCAUGUAUUGGGCUCGAGCUACCAGUUUCAACAUCUCAGUAUCUCAGGUCAUCGGAUCUGGCGUGACAGCCGUAACGCUGGCGCUAAUGGGACGCUACGGACUGGACUGGGACUGGCGUCGUGUCGUAGUCAUUACAACGAUCGCUGUGGUUGCGCUUGACGCCGUGUGUACAAUGCUCACUACGUGGGCUGUCGUGCGUAACCAGUGGUUCUGGCUCGGAUUACCAAUUGUCGAAACUAUUCCAUCAAGUGUCAACUUCAUCGUCUCGAGCUUUGUGGUCGUGGAGUUGGCGGACGAGGGAAACGAAGCUGCUAUCUAUGGUCUUUUGACGACGGUGGGUAACCUCAGUAACCCAUUCUCAGCGACAGUCACCAAGGCUAUCAACGAACCGUUUGCUGUUAGCAACCGAGAUAUCCUGAACGACUCGCACGCUACCCGUCGCGAUGUCACCAUUGUUGUGCUCAUUUCGUACGCGAGCAAGCUGCUGUCGCUGUCGUUUCUUGUCUGGCUGCCGAGACAGAAGGCUGAGACCCAAAGGCUGAAGCAAAGUGGCAGCCGCAGCAGGUUGCUGGGUGGGGUUACAAUUGCGUACUGCUUGUUCGCGUUAACAUGGUCACUCCUUAUCAACUUGUUGGGUAUUUUUGAAAGCACGAGAUGCCUGAAGAUUGUAGGAGGAUGCUAA